CGCAAAAACCGGCGUGUGUGGUGACAGACCCCAGAGCCAACUGACCCAAAAAAGCGACCGCUACCUCUCAUCACUUUGCUCUCAGAAGCGGCCGCUGCGGGAGAGACGGGAGGAGACAGCGCCGGGCACUGGGAAGAGCUGAGGGGAGGGACGACGCUAGAGAAACGGCGAGAUUGCGAACAAGCUGAAGACCGGGGACUGCCCAGAGAGGGGGCCGCGGAGCAGCAGAGACGAGGAGGGUCGCCGGAGAGAGCGGGGGGACUGAGGACAACCAGGGGAAACGCGGAGGGAGUUUCCGAAUCUAGGGAAGAGGAGGCGUGGGUGGGGACGCUUAGUCCCAGAGAGGAGAGAGGAAUUGGAGCGCUCGGGAGGAGGGGCUUAAAGCUGUGAGAGGGUUGGCUGCAGAAAGGAGAGGUUAUAAAUAAAAGAGGCUCCGGGAGGAGGCUGAGGGAAUUGCAGUAGGAGCGGGAGCUAACGGAGUAGAGGAUCCUUUUAGCAAGCAAAAAGGGAAAGCUGUUCUAAGUCCACUCCCUUCUCCGAAAGUUAAAAGGAAAGCCGAGUUUGCGGCUCGUCCUUGUCCCUACUCAAUAAAUACUAUUGUUAGUCUUCCACCGGGAAAAAAGAACUCCUUUCCUUCCCAGUCUUAGGACCCAGCAAGGCUCGAGGCCUCCUAACUUGAUUUCUACCCUUGGGAAAUCAAAGUAGAGGGGGGCAUCGCUCUCGGUACCUUUUUCAAACUCGCACGCCUCAUCCUUUUUGGGACGCCAUGUCUAUCAACAGUUGUAGUUUCAAGGACCGGUGCGUGUCCAUCCUGUGUUGCAAAUUCUGUAAACAAGUGCUCAGCUCUAGGGGAAUGAAGGCUGUUUUGCUGGCUGAUACUGAAAUAGACCUUUUCUCUACAGACAUCCCUCCUACCAAUGCAGUGGACUUCAUUGGAAGAUGCUAUUUCACCAAAAUCUGCAAAUGUAAACUGAAGGACGUCGCAUGUUUAAAGUGUGGAAACAUCGUAGGUUAUCAUGUGAUUGUUCCAUGUAAUUCCUGCCUUCUUUCCUGCAACAACGGACACUUCUGGAUGUUUCACAGCCAGGCAGUUUAUGGUAUUAACAGACUAGACUCCACUGGUGCAAACUUCCUACUUUGGGGCAACUUGCCAGAAAUAGAAGAGAGUACAGAUGAAGAUAUGUUAGAUAUCUCAGCAGAGGAGUGUAUUAGAUGAAUGGAACUAUGAUAUAAUAUUCAAAUGUUUCUAUUUAAAAAUAUGUUCAUGGAUCAACUUUAAAAUUGUUAGUAAUGGUUUGCCAGUGAUUUCUUGUUCUUUUUUUUUUUUUGGUCCUUUGUUGAUUUAUUUAUUUACUGUCGCAAAUUAAUUACCUUGGUUUAAUUUAAAACAAUGGAAUUAUUCUUUUCUUCUACUUCUCCCUGUCCCCUACUGUUUUUGCCAAGUAUAGGUAUAUUCUUAAAUUCAGCUAGGAAAAGAUUCUUUCACACGUCACUCAGCUACCUCCCAAUUUGAGGGAGUUUUUCUUACAACUUGAUGCCAGAUACCAUUAAUUUUACAUUAUUGGAUAAAGGGCAUUGGCACCCACACAUAUAUCAACCACACAUAUAUUGAGAGUGUAUCAACUGAGUAUUAACAAGGGAUUUUUAAAAAUGGGCUUCUCAGUUUCCAUGGGUACGGUUCUGAUAUGUUAUAUUGGUGAUAGCCGCUUUAAUAUGGAGCAAGACUGUGAAUCAGCAAAUAGA